ACAACAGUCGACUGUCAUUCGAUACCAUCGAUGAACCAUCGAGAUUUUUUGAGCGAGUCGAGCGCUUCCGCGUCCGCGUGUUGUGAUUCUCGCGCGUUUAGUUGUCAAAAUCAACUUUUCGUGUUUACUCUCAUAUUUUGCGUUGAUACUGCAAUGAAGUGUGUAAAUAUAUAUAGCAAAUAACAUGGAACAAAAUGAGGGUGAUGGUACUGUUUUAAUCCUGCAAGUUGAUGAGCACGGGAAGCAACAGCAGUUUUCAUUUGAGAACGAGCUUCAAGGGGUAACUGAGCUGGGUCUUGGUGAAGUUGAUGAAACUCUCCUAGAUCACAGCAACCUCAUGGACAAGCCAAUCAAGCUGGAACAUUUGGGGGCGGAUGACGCAAUGAUAAUGCUUCAGGGCGAUGACUGUGUCCUUGGGACAGAUACAAGUGCCACUGAUGAAGCAGGAAAUCUUAUAUCAGUUGAUGGUGUCUUGGAUGGUAUUGGGCUGGAGAUGGUAGAAGAUAUUGAUAUGAAUAAAUCAGCGGAAAGCCCUUCCAAAGAUCCAUUAUCACCAAAUGAAGAUCAGCAAGAUGACGAUGACAUUAUUGUCCAGCAUAUGGACAUCCGACAGCCUUUAUCUACGCUACGUGUAUUGCUUGAGCAGAGGUUGGCUGUAGAUCUGUCAGAUUAUGAAUUUUGGCUCCAGGAUUCUCAAAUGUUGGAGAGCCAUAAAAACUUAGUAGACCAAUGUGUCCAAGGUGAAGGUUUGGUGCAGGUCAAUGUUCGAAUAAAGACUGAUGGUAAAGUUAACAAAAUCAACAUUGAAGAUGUUUUGAAACCAGCUGAGGAUGGUGACAUUGAAGAAACUGAAGAAAGUCAAGAAUCUACACGUAUACCAUCUCCCACCAGUCCUCCCGCUGCAAACCCUGUAAGAUGGAUUGUUGAUGCAAAGUUUAAAAAAGAGAUGGAAAAACUCAGCAUACCACCUGAUCCAAAUGAUUGGUCUGCUGCUCAAGUGCUACACUGGCUUCAGUGGGCUGUGAGGCACUUUAGUUUAGUAGGAAUUCAACUAAAGGAUUGGGCUAUCACUGGGGAAGACUUAUGUAACAUGACUAUGGCCCAAUUCCAGUCAAAAGUUCCACUUGAUCCUGGUGACCUAUUCUGGACUCACCUUGAACUUCUCAGGAAAUGCAAGUUUGUUGCUGUUGUGCAUACUAAAGCACAUAAAGAACCAAAAGAAAAGUCUCAUGCUCUUGCAAGCCGAAAUCAGACUUAUGUGCACUCCAAGCAACACAAACCUUCAGGUCAAGGCAAACUUCAUGGGAAACCAAGAUCAGCCAGGGUGUCGGGCUUACCUUUGGGUUCUAUGGAUGCUACAACAAUCGGAUGUGGGAACCGCUCAGGAAAUAAUGGUCAAAUUCAGUUAUGGCAAUUUUUAUUAGAAUUAUUAACUGAUAAAGAACACAGAGAUGUUAUUCAGUGGUUGGGUGAUGAUGGUGAAUUUAAGCUUCUCAAUCCAGAAAUGGUUGCACAGCUUUGGGGUGAGAGGAAAAAUAAACCUACAAUGAACUAUGAAAAGUUAAGUCGAGCUCUAAGGUACUAUUAUGAUGGGGAUAUGAUAUCAAAGGUUCAGGGCAAGAGAUUUGUGUAUAAGUUUGUGUGUGAUCUUAAACAACUUUUGGGAUAUAGUGCUAGUGAACUUAAUGCUUUAGUUGAAGAGUGUGAAAGAAAAUCAUUGGGUUUCAAUCCUCAAUAUAAUUUAUCACCUGUCCAUGUUUAAUAUAUUGUACACUGUAUUACAUAUACAUUACUUUGUUACCUGAUACUGAUUUCAUCUUAAAACUUACCGUUUCAUUUUAUUUUCUGGUUUGCCCUGCUUUUGAAUUGUUAUUUCCAUAGCUCACAGUUGUAUGGAGACUAUUUACCACCCCCGGUGUAUUUUUGUAUGCUGUUUCGCUCUUUAGAGAAAAAUAUUUAAUAUCCAUCUAAAAGAUAUGCAUGAAGUUUACUUUCUCAAUUAACUUUCAUUGAUGGAUUAAUGAUUAUUAUUUAAUAGAUUUGUGUGUUGCCGGAAAAACUAACAUGAUGGUGUGCUUUGUAGUUUGUGUUUAUGGCCUGUGUUAGUUAGGCGAAUGUUGGAUGUAUUAAAUGUUCUGGAACUGUUUUUAA